AUGGCAGAGCGGCAACGGAAAGAGGCCGUGGCAUCGGCGGUGCGCGCUGCGCAGCGACCGCGUACCACCAGCGCAGCUGUGGGUGCUCGAGGCUCGCGUCGGCCAGCGUCUGCUAGCACCAAGACCAACACGGCCCGUCCUCGCACGGAGGGGGCGGCACACACUGACGAGCCGAUGGAUAAUUUGGCCCACCGCGAGGCCGACUACAUGCGCAUGAAUGCAGAGCUGGAACGCCGCACGGCCGACAUUGUGUACCGUGCCGAACAGGCCAUGAAAGCGAGCUUCUGGGCUGAUGAGCCAGAUGCGGAUCUGGAUGACGAUCGCACCUCGCCAAAGGGCCCUGCGUCCCGGCGCGGUCAGCGCAGCGCCAGCGCGCGCAGCCACGGUCACAGUCGCCGCAACAACGUCCCUGACAACCGCGACGAUGCCUCGGCAUGGGACCAACCAGACGACAAUGAGGUCGAGGAGGCGGGCACGGACGGCGAACUCGAUGCAUCCCUUCGCAGUACGGGCAGCCUUUCCCUUGAGGAUGUUCGCAACCGACUCCUCGCCCGAAGCAUCCCGGAUAGCAGUGGCGGCCGCUCACGGCCGCAGACAGCCGACACGACUGCUCGGCCUGGAUCGCAAUCGGGCCGCGGUGGCACUGCCGGAUCAAGGCCUCGCACCACGGCUGGCACGACCACUGCCACCACUCGCCAAUCUAGUGCGCCCGCCAAGCCACCGCGGUCGCGCACCGGCUCGCGUCGCGGCCGUGCUGUAGCCGCCGCCUUGGAAAAAGAGGAGGUGUUUGAAGUUGGCAACGACCCCGUGCUACAGGCAGUCGUGGGCGGUGACUUGUCUGAUGAUGCGGCGCUGCGCGUUCUCAAAGCCAAGGUGGGCAUGCUGCAGCAGGAGCUCGAGGCUACGGCACAGCAGCUUCAGGAGGAGCGCGACAAGUACAAAAGCCUUAAGCAACGGCAAACAGAAACGGCCAAGACACUGGGGGAGACAGAAAAAAGCCUGCAGAACGCUCAACAGCAGCUGGCCAAACAACAGCGCUCGUCCGAUACCACUCGCGAUCAGCUGACACGCGAACAAGAAAAGGUGUCUAGCCUGACGCGAGAGCUCGACCAGCUGCGCCAACAAUACCGCGAAGACACCAAGGGGGCCAAGAGCUUGCAAGCCCGGCUGCAGCGCGUAGAAGAGGAGCGCGAUCGGCUGAAAUCCGCACAGGGUGGCCCUGGCGGCGACCACGACCGUGGAGAUACAGCUUCGCAGCAACAGCUGCUUGACAUCCAAGCAGAGAACAAGCAGUUGAAAAAACAGAGCCUCACCUUGUUUCUAUCAGGUGACCGAGUUGGUGGCGGGCUUUAA